UAAUUUAAUGUACUUAUUUUCAGAGAAAAUGUUUUCGUCAUCGAGCUUUUUCGAAGAACCGAACUCGAUUUAUCCAACUAUCGAAGAACAGGUAGAAUUAUGCCGAAAAAUUGCCGAAUCUUUAUCUGAUGAUUGUAAUCAGAAAUCAAAGGGUGCCAAUAUGUUUUUCAAGAGAGUGAAAAAAGCAGAAAAAUGGAUUGUAGCAGAAUCAAAUGCAAAGAAUGAAAAAGAAUCCUUGGAUUCCAGCAAGGAUCCUUCCAAGAUACCUUACGUGAGGCCAAGUAAAGGACUUCCUAAAUUGAAACUUAUUCUAGAUCCUCGCCAAAUUAUAGACAUGAAAAAACUGAUCGAAGAAGGAGUCGAUAUUGUGCAGCACAAUGCUGUGAGUCCCGAUGUUUGCCACGAUAUUGUGAAAGAUCUGAACUCGCCAACAGGCAAAGGUGCACAGCUAUUCGCCAAAAGAAAAAAGAAGAGCGUCGAAUGGAUCGUCGAUGAAGACAAGGUGAAACAUUUGCUUCAAGAACGAUAUCAAAUCGAGUACCCUUCACCGAUAGAUUAUCCAGAUUUAAGUCAGGAACCAUUGGUUCAUCCUAGGGUUAGGGCUCUUUCGGAGGUCAAUUCCCAAGUUGUGAAAGACACGAUAAUUCGAGCAGCAGAAGCUAAGGUGAUGACCUAUCCCAAUGCCGUACCUCACCUUCCCGUCAUCUCAUCUUUGGACAGGAUGAACGAAAACGAAACUCCCGUACUUCAUACACCCCUACAAUCAUCAUGUUUUUCAAGAACUUCUGUCUGGUCUACUGAUGCUUAUAAAUACAGUUAUCCUAAGGGAUGGACAAGCACUACUUCCUCCCCAUCAGCCAAUCAGUCGUAUUCAUCUCCUGUGCCGGAUAAAUCUCCGAAGACCUCUAAUGUAUCCGUUCCAGAGGCUUACGCUCUGGAGCAUUCACCAUCAAGGACUUUCAAUUUCCAAAACUUCAAUGCCUCGCCUAAGGCCUGGAGCUCUGAAAUCAAAACAGAGUUUCAACCUGCAGUUAUCAAACCUGUGAGGCCACCAUCCGUCCUGCUGCAAUAGAACAUUCAUUGGAAUGAAUUCAGACUGUCUACAGUUUUUGUACCUAAAUAUGAUUAUGUAUUUUGAAGGCUAGUGUCACUUUCAGGUUCUUUGAAUGGAACAAAGAACCUGAAAAGUUGUGCUGAUUACUAAGUGGAGGAUGGGAAUUUUUUUUUAAAUGAAAUGCCAUAAAAACAAUAAUUUAUCCACAAUAAUGAAAGUAAGCGUUUCAGGACCCUUAGUUUUAAUGUUCUUUAUGAAAAUCAGUUGCAUCAUUCCUGAUGAUUCUCAUUUAAAAUUAACCCCUGAAUCCGAAUAUGACUCUUAUUAUUAACUCCAGUCUCUCAUCUUUUGGGGGGAGGAAGCCCCUCUCCCUUAGUUUAUCACUUUUCGAUAAUUAAUAAUUGAUAUACUGAAAGGAGGAUAACUUUAACCAUUAAAUUUCUGCAGAUAAGCUGAAAGUUCUGCAACAUGAACAUUAAAAACAGGGACAGAAUAGAGGGGUGCAGAUGGGUGAUGGUGACCGAGGGAAACUUCUUGAAUAAAUGCUCUUGUAAUGAAGAGUAUCAAUCACUAGAAUACUUUAUCGCUAUUGUAUAAAAAGAAAAAAAAAUAUCCAGGGAAACUCAAACACUCAGAAAAAAAUUCACUGACUAACUUUUCGAGGUUGAUUUUAUCGAAUUUCUCUGAUUUUUGUAAACAAUAGCAUAAAUUUUAUUAUUAAUUUUUCUGUUAUGCCUAAAUCACAUGCAUAAAAUUCAUAUAUUCAUUACACUUUGUUGCAAGUUAAGAAGAAACCAUUAUCCUUAUUAAGAGAGACUGUUUGCAUCUAACUGCUCGCCAAAUGUAUACCAAACAGCAAAAAAGUAAAAGCAUUUUAUCUCGCAUUUGAUUUGUUAAGAGUAUGCUAGCAUAAGACGUGACAUUUUUGGUGGUCCAAUCAAAUCCAAUGAUCUUGCAACUUCAUAUAGUUGUUUCUUUCCAAGAACGAAUGUUCUUAUUUAUCGAAAUAUGUCGCCAAGUCAAGGAUUCCAGAAAAACUACGAAACUAAUACACUAACUUCUUUUUAAAAAUAAUUCUAUGA